UUCAUUAAAAUCUGUUUUAUUUUCAGCAUUGAUCUUUAGAUUUUUAAAUUCAGUAUAGGAAACUAAAAAUGGCAGAUGCAGAUAUUGAAAUGUCUGAAUCUAGCAGUUCUACAACCACGGUAAAAGAUAAAAAGAGAUUUGAAGUGAAAAAGUGGAAUGCAGUUGCAUUGUGGGCCUGGGAUAUUGUUGUUGACAAUUGUGCCAUCUGCAGAAAUCAUAUCAUGGACCUAUGUAUUGAAUGCCAAGCUAAUCAAGCAUCAGCAACUAGUGAGGAAUGCACAGUAGCUUGGGGUGUAUGCAACCAUGCAUUUCAUUUUCACUGUAUCUCGAGAUGGUUGAAAACAAGACAAGUAUGUCCAUUAGACAAUCGUGAAUGGGAGUUACAAAAGUAUGGGCGCUGAAAUAUGUUGUUUUUUGUUAUGCUUAUUGUGAUAAAGUUAUUUUAGAAAUAUGCUCUACAGAACUAUCUUGUUUUAACAAUGCCAAAAAUAUUUGUAAAGAUCAACAUCAAGUAGAAAACAUGCAACACUUUAUUUUACUUAUGUUUGUAAUUUGAAUCAAUUUUAUAAAAGAAAGUUGUAUUCUGAUUA